AUGGAUUUAUCCAUGGAUCACGUUGAAGAAGUUCAAAAUGUUCUGAAUGCUAUGCAGAAAAUCUUAGAAUGUCCUAUCUGUCUGGAGUUAAUCAAAGAGCCUGUUUCCACAAAAUGUGACCACAUAUUUUGCAAAUUCUGUAUGCUGAAACUUCUCAACCAGAAGAAAGAACCUUCACAGUGUCCGUUGUGUAAGACAGCUAUAACCAAAAGAAGCCUGCAAGAAAGUACAAGAUUUAGUCAACUUGCUGAAGAACUAUUGAAAAUCAUUCAUGCUUUUGAACUUGACACAGGAUUACAAUUUGCAAACAGUUACAACUUUCUGAAAAAGGACAAGGACAAAAACUCUCCUGAUCAUCAAAAGGAGGAAGUUUCUAUUAUCGAGAGUAUGGGCUACCGCAACCGUGUCAAAAAGCUUCGACAAACUGAAAAUUCUACUACGCAGGAAUCCAGACAGAGUGUCCAACUUCCUAACCAUGGAGUUGAGAGAUUUCUGAGAACAAAGCCGCAGCUACAGUCCUGUAAAAAGUCUGUCUAUAUUGAACUGGGAUCUGAUUCUUCUGAAGACUCAGUUAAGACAAGUUAUUGUAGUUUGGGAGACAAUGGAUUGUUACAUAUCAUCCCUCAAGAAGCCAAAACUGAAGCCAGUUUGAAUUCUGCAAAAAAGGCUGCUUGUGGGUUUUCUGAGAAGAACAUAGCAGAUAUCAAACAUCAUCAGCCCUGUCAUAAAGAUUUGACCACCACUGAGAAGCAGGCAGCUGAGAAGCAUCCAGAAAACUAUCAAAGUGAAGCAGUUUCUGGGUAUGUGAGUGAAACAAGUGACUCUGAAGACUGUUCGGAGCUGUCCUCUCAAAGUGCUAUUUUAACCACUCAGCAGAAGGAUACCAUGCAAGAUAACCUGAUAAAGCUCCGGCAGGAAAUGGCUGAACUCGAAGCUGUUUUAGAACAACAUGGGAGCCAGCUUACUCAUUGCUCCUCUCCUCUCAGAGAUGAUCCUUGUGCCCCUGAGGACCUUGUAAAUCCGGAACAAGACAUAUCAGACAAAGAUGCUGAAUUGGUCUGUGAACGGACACUGAAAUAUUUUCUGGGAGUUGCAGGAGGAAAAUGGAUAGUUAGCUAUUUUUGGGUGACAGAAUCAAUCAAAGAAAAAAAGCUACUGGAUGAGCAUGACUUUGAAGUCAAAGGAGAUGUUGUUAAUGGAAGAAACCACCAAGGUCCAAAGAGAGCAAGAGAAUCCCAGGAAAUAAAGAUCUUCAGAAACUUAGAAAUGUGUUGCUAUGGGCCCUUUACCAACAUGCCAACAGAUCAACUGGAGUGGAUGCUGCGCCUCUGUGGGGCGUCUGUGGUAAAAGAGCUUUCAUCAUUCACGCAUAGCAAGGAUACUCAGCCAAUUGUGAUCGUGCAGCCAGAUGCCUGGGAGGACAGUGGUUUUCAUGGAAUUGGACAGAUAUGUGAUGCACCUGUGGUGAUACGGGAAUGGGUAUUGGACAGUGUAACCCUCUGCCAAUGCCAGGAAUUGGAAAACUACCUGGUACCUCAGAUCUCAAAGGAGAGUUGCUGCUAA